AUGGCACUGGUGGGGUCCUCACCCGAGCUGGACUGCCGGGCCAAGCCGCUGUUCUGCCGCAAAGGGGCGCUGCGCCAGAAGGUCGUGCACGAAGUCAAGAGCCACAAGUUCACGGCCCGGUUCUUCAAGCAGCCCACGUUCUGCAGCCACUGCACCGACUUCAUCUGGGGCAUCGGGAAGCAGGGCCUGCAGUGUCUGGUCUGCAGCUUCGUGGUCCACAAACGCUGUCAUGAGUUCGUCACCUUUGAAUGCCCUGGUGCCGGGAAGGGACCCCAGACAGAUGACCCCCGGAACAAGCACAAGUUCAAGAUCCACAGCUACAGCAGCCCGACCUUCUGCGACCACUGUGGGUCGCUGCUCUACGGGCUGGUCCACCAGGGCAUGAAGUGCUCCUGCUGCGAGAUGAAUGUGCACAAGCGCUGUGUGCAAAGCGUGCCCAGCCUGUGCGGUGUGGAUCACACAGAGCGGCGUGGGCGCCUGCAGCUCGACAUCGAGACCCUCAGUGGGGAUGAGAUCCGCGUCACUGUGGGUGAAGCCCGGAACCUGAUCCCCAUGGACCCCAAUGGGCUGUCGGACCCCUAUGUGAAGCUAAAGCUGAUCCCAGACCCCAAGAAUGUGAGCAAGCAGAAAACCCGCACCGUGAAGGCCACGCUUAACCCUGUGUGGAACGAAUCCUUCAUCUUCACCCUGCGGCCAGGUGAUGUGGACCGGCGCCUGUCCAUUGAGGUGUGGGACUGGGACCGGACCUCGCGCAAUGACUUUAUGGGCGCCAUGUCCUUUGGGGUGUCAGAGCUUCUCAAGGGCCAUGUGGAUGGAUGGUACAAGUUACUCAACCAGGAGGAAGGGGAGUAUUACAAUGUCCCCGUGGCAGAUGCUGAAAACUGUGGGCUGCUGCAGAAGUUUGAGGCCUGUAACUAUCCCUUGGAGCUGUACGAGAGGGUGCGUCGUGGCCCCGGUCCCUCGUCCAGUCCGAGCCCCAGCCCCACUGAUUCCAAGCGCGUCACCUUCUUCGGCAGCAGCCGCUUUCACAUCUCCGACUUCAACUUCCUCAUGGUGCUGGGCAAGGGCAGUUUUGGCAAGGUGAUGCUGGCUGAGCGCCGGGGCACGGAGGAGCUCUAUGCCAUCAAGAUCCUGAAGAAGGAUGUGAUCAUCCAGGACGAUGAUGUGGAGUGCACCAUGGUGGAGCGGCGGGUGCUGGCCCUGGGUGAGCGCCCCCACUUCCUCACCCAGCUCCACUCCACAUUCCAGACCACGGACCGUCUCUACUUUGUGAUGGAGUAUGUCAAUGGUGGAGACCUCAUGUACCACAUUCAGCAGGUCGGGAAGUUCAAGGAGCCCCAUGCCAUGUUCUACGCGGCGGAGAUCGCCAUUGGGCUCUUUUUCCUGCACAACAAGGGCAUCAUCUACAGGGACCUGAAGCUGGACAAUGUGAUGCUGGAUGCCGAGGGGCACAUCAAAAUCACAGAUUUUGGGAUGUGCAAAGAGAACAUCUUCCCCGGGGUUACCACCCGAACCUUCUGUGGCACCCCUGACUACAUUGCCCCAGAGAUCAUUGCCUACCAACCCUACGGGAAGUCAGUGGACUGGUGGUCCUUUGGGGUGCUGCUCUACGAGAUGCUGGCUGGGCAGCCGCCGUUUGAUGGUGAAGACGAGGACGAGUUGUUCCAGUCCAUCAUGGAGCACACUGUGUCCUACCCCAAGUCCCUGUCCCGUGAGGCCGUCUCCAUCUGCAAGGGGUUCCUGACGAAGCACCCCCUGAAGCGGCUGGGCGCAGGGCCCUCAGGGGAGCAGGACAUCCGGGAGCAUGGCUUCUUCCGUUGGCUGGACUGGGAGCGCCUGGAGCGGCUUGAGAUCCCACCCCCCUUCACACCCCGCCCUUGUGGGAAGAAUGGAGAGAACUUUGACAAGUUUUUCACACGGGCGGUGCCAGCACUGACGCCCCCUGACCAGCUGGUGCUGGCAGGGCUGGACCAGACCGAGUUUGAGGGCUUCAGCUACAUUAACCCCGACUUCAUGCACCCCUCGCUGCGCCCCCCCAGUUCCCCCAUCUCACCUGUCUCCCUGGUGUGACCCUCCCGGCCCCACCCUG